GGGGGGAGAGACCCCCACGAAGCCGGAAGGGCCCUGCUGGGCCAUUGGGCUCUGGGCUGUUCGGCGGGCGUCGGAGGCGACUCCUGGAACCUGGACAGGAUGGGCGCCAGCUCCCUGUCGGAGGAUUACCGUCUGUGCUUGGAGCGCGAGCGGCGGAGGGGUGGCUCGGGCGUCUGUGCAGACCCCACUCUGCGGGCCGUGCUCUGGCAGAUCCUCGUGGAGGAUUUCGAUCUUCACGGGCUGCUCCAGGACGACGCCCUGGCCCUCUUCACCGAUGGGCUGUGGGGCCGAGGCGACCUGGCCCCCGCCCUGCGCAACCUGGCCCGGGCGUUCGAGCUUCUGGAGCUAGCCGCGGUCCACCUUUACCUCUUUCCCUGGAGGAAGGAGUUCACCACCAUCAAGACCUUUUCCGGGGGCUAUGUCCACUUCCUAAAGGGUGUGCUUUCAGAGGACCUCAUCACCAAGUGCUUCCAGAAGAUGGGCUACACCAGGAGGGAUCAACACCACCUGGUCGUGGCCACUCCACCCCCAGGCUAUGAGCUAAUUCAGGUGGCUCUAGGCUGCUUUGCUCUGAGGUUGGAGUGUGAGAUUCUAGGGGAGAUCCUGACCAAGCUGGGAACCAGCCUGCUGUCUGCGGAGGAGCUGAUUGAGGAGCGUCGAGCCAGCGGCGAUGUGGACACAUGUGUGGACCGGCUAAGGAGGCGGCUGACCGGAGCUGGACAGCCGUCCCCAAGGCCGUUGGCUAGUUACCCUGCUAGCAUUGAUUUAUACAGUGACAUGCUGGAAGAAGGUGCUGAGGAGGAUUCCUUGUAUGGUGAGCCCCUAGCGGGGCCAGAGUCACCCUCCCCAGAGCUAGCCUAUCAACCCCCUGUCUGGGAACAGAGUGCCAAACUGUGGGGCACCGGCCACAUAGCCUCCAGUGCCCGGGAGCUUCGGGACAAUGGGAGCAGCUGGGAGUCUCCACGCGUGGAGGAACCAGUCGAGGAGAGCUUGUCCUACGAGGCCUUUGAAGAACCUACCGAAGAGAGAACCACCUUCUCCUUCAUCGCCUUGCGGCGGGAGCUGACCCCAGAAGUUGCCGGGGGCAAGAGCCCCAGCCGUUCCCCUAGGCAUGUCAGGGCCAGCGGGCAUCUUGAGGCUGCUGAAGGGACCCCUGCUUCUCCCUCCGCAUCUGGUGGGGAGCCCCAGCGCUAUCAGCUUCAUGGUUGCCUGCCAGUGGGCACUCUGCCCACCUACUGCUGUGAUACAUGCUGCCAGCUCCAUGCCAGUCACUGCCAGGCUGUCUAUAGCUGCCGCCUGGGCCACACGCUGCACGAGCUGCUGGGUGAGAAGCAGCGACGUCUCUGGCUCCAGAGGACCCAGCUGGACUCCCUGCUUUAUGAGAGUCCCCCCAGGGCCAGGCCCUAGAAUGAGUUGGGCCAAAGGUGAAUCCCCCAAAUUGUGUGGUUCCCCCCUUACCUCCAAGGAGAGAGCUGGCUUGUCUCCUGGUUGAUGAAGGGAAUAGGGACCUUCUAGCUCAGUGGGAAAGGAAGGAGUCUGUAAUCCUGAUCCCCUGACCUAGACCCUCAGCCCCUUCUCCAAAUAAAAGGCUAGAGGUAGUGUUAGCUGGAGGCUCAGAAUUUAGGAGACCUGGGUUCUAGUUCCUUCAGCCACCAACUAAUUGUGGGAGCUCCAUUAGGUCAUUCACUGUCCCCACUCGUAAUGGAGGAAAUUUAGGCCCUGGAAGACUAACAUUAACCCUAUGAUAUAUUUAAAAACACUUUGAAAAAGCUUACAGCAUUAUAACAUCAGCUGGAAUUAUUCUGCGAGGGAAUUCUUGUCUCCUGGAAAUGGAAGGCAAAGUAAGUCUUUAGUGAGGUGAUGAGUUAUCUCUAAAACCAGCCUCCCUCUCCCUGCCACCUAGGUGUGAGCCCUUCUGCCAGGGAAAGGACAGCCUUCUGGGCAUGGAGGGCCCCGUUCAAUGGCAGUGUUGGCAUUUCAUGAGCUAGGGCUGGCCUACCCUUCUGCACUGCCCAGACAACUCCAGCCAAAAGAAGACCCUUCUGACCAGCAAGGGUUGGGACCCCGGAGGAAGGGCCUGUCCUGUGUAGAUGGUUGUCUGUAAUUAAAGUAUGUGAGGUGAUUUAGUGUUCACCAGGGACGUUC